GAUAUUUACCGGUUGAGCAAUGUAGGCCUUCGGGAUUCUGUUGCAUCACCGUCAUGCGCAGAUUGUGUCGGCCUGCUUCUCCGAAGGCUAUUUAGACAAGCUGGAGACAGCCCACCCAACUAUCGAUUUUGGUCAAGGCGACUUUUUUGCCAUAAAAACCACCCGAACAUAUGACCUGGCGAUCGUCUCUGACCGCAGAGAGUUCACGAUUGCCGUCAUGUCCCUCUUCAAGUAUGUGGUCUCUGGCAGAGCACGGAUUGGGAGAUUGGAUGAGCUGAAAACUGAGAACGCAAUAAAUAUGUAACGUAAGUAAUAGAAUAUGUAGCGGGACUCCAUUACCCACUACUGUCCCAACCCAUAUAUAAAUUGAACAGCUCGCUACUAGCGGCUGCUUUCCCACGUAGCUGUCUCAUCAUCUCAUCAUGACAUCCUCCCACGAUGUCAGCCUAGCAGAACGCUUACGGGCACAUAGACGACUUUCAAGACCUUAUCGAUAUUCAAGUGCAAGGGUCCUCAUCGUCGUCGUUACGGCUAUUGUCAAGAACCCUCGCCAAUUCCCACGGUCCAUCCCGUGUGAGGGGGAGUUACCAUCAGCCUUUCCGCCUGAUGCUGUCGCAGAACGUAAGGACAGCAUCGUUGCCCCUGGUGAGGCUGUUUUUGAAUUAAACAGAAUCAUCGUGACGACGUUGUGGGCUCGCAAAGAGGACUUGCAGCCCGCGGUCAACGCGAACAUCGGCACUUUACGUUCGCCCUUUGAAGCGGAGGUCAAGCUAUUGGGAAGCAGGUUGAUGGCUGACGCUGUCACCUUCAUGUCUCCGUCCUUGGCGGUGCGGCUAGAAUUUGCCCACCAUUUCGGAGACGUGGCGAGUGCAUUUUCCGAUGUUGCCGUGGUGGCCCGGUACGGUGUGGCCCGCUAUUGCGGCGUUCUGGUCAUGGAAUUCGAGAGGGACCUCACCGCAGUUCACAAGGACAUCUUUGUGGGUUCGGCCGAGGCGGUUCUGGAAUCAAGGAAAAUUUUGCGUUUCGUCACCAAAGAAACCCUCCAUCACGCAUCGCCUGUGUAUCGCACUCCACAGUUGCGUUCAGAAGCCUGA